AGCUUAUGGCUCCAUGCUUGCGGUUGGGGCAUUGGAGGGCCUGUGCGUAGUCGCAGCUCCGAGACAUCGGAGCCAUGAGGGCCAAAAAGAAGCCGAAUCAAGAAGGCUCCGCGCUCCGGCAAAUGCUGGUGCUGGUGCUGGUGCUUUUGGGGGGCUUCUUUGUGGGCGCAUGGUACCAGAGCCAACUGACACUCUUCGCAGAUGUUGGCGCAGCACAGCUCUUCGGGAACAUGCAGGCAGAUGACGCCCGCUCCGGCUUCCGCGCGGUGCAUCCGGCCGCGGCGCCGCAUGCGCCGGAGGUGCCCGGAACUGCGCCGGAGAGGGAGGAGCUGGAGGAGCGAGAAGCGCAAGAAGCCGAGGAGGCCCAGGAGGCCCAGGAGGCCCAGGAGGCCCAGAAGAUCCAAGCGACUGAUCCGCAGCCGCCUCCGCCUGCGCCGCUUGCGCCGGCGUGGGCGCCGGCGCCGGCACCUGCAUGGAAGCUGCGAAGAAGCCCGCUGAAGAUCGUGCCGGCGCCGGAACCGGCACACACGGCCCUGAAGCUGGGGGUAGGCUGCCGCCACUGCUGCAACGACGGCUUGGUGAAUGGCCCCUGCUUCGAUGUGGAGACUUGUGCGGCUGGGGUGUCGGGUGGCACCUACGCCUUUGUCUAUGCCCAUGUGGGCAACCCCGGCUGGCCCUGGCUCACCUUCCUGGACAGCCUCACUGCACAAAUCCGCCUCUUGGAGCAAAGCUACGGCGCCACGGCGGACAUCGUGGUGCUGAUGCCCCCUGAGAAUGCCAGAGAACUGGGCUGCAAGCAGCGGCGGCUCAUGGAGCGCUACAAGAUACGGGUGGUGGAGGUGCCAUGGACCAUCCCCCCGGGCAGUUGGUACCCGGCGGCGUAUUGGUGGCCUGGCAAGGCAGACGGUUGGUGCGGCCCGCAAGAUCUGAUGCGACUCCAUGCGCUGGGGCUCACAGACUACGACGCGGUGGUCUUUUACGACCAGGACGUGGAGCUGCAGAAGGACAUGACGGCCAUCCUGCGCUGCGCAGCCAAGGGCCACUUUCUGAGCGCCUCCGGGGGGGUGGGGGAGCCCUUCAACGUGGGCUUCUUCGCCCUCAGGCCAGACCAGCGGCUCCUAAGAGCUGCCGAGUUCUUCGGGGGCAACGUGAGCUUUUCGGUGGAGAGCGGAUGGGGCAACUGCGCCUUCCUGCCCUCGGGCUCGAAGUUUGUGGGCGCGGAGUGCGGCCAGGGCUUCUUCCACACCUUGUUUUACAAGGACUGCAAGGAGGUCCGGAAGGCCUUAGUGGCUGCCGGACUGCGGGACGAGGAUGGAAAGGCGCGGUUGCCGCUGACCGCUGCGAUGGUGGACCGGUGCAUCUGGAAUUAUCAGAACGACGGGGACUGCGGAAACCCAAAGUUCAACUGCAGUGUCAUCCGGGUGCAUCACAAGCCCACGCACAAGCCGGAGAACGACCGGCUCUGCGGGAAGCUGAAGCACCACAAGGGCGGCUGGACCGGGGAGAAAAGCGCCCCCUUUCCCGAGCCGGAGCCGAUCAAGAUGCAGAAGGGCAGCAGCAGCUGUGAGAAUAAGUGCCUGGAUGUGGGGAACAACUGCGUGUGCAACAGCCCCCAGCCACCGCCGCAUCAUAUCAAGAACGUCACGGUCUCGGGGCAUCCAGUGCACUGCCAGGAGAGGAGGUGAAGAGCCCGAGCGGCGACCGCUUUGGAGUGCGGAUCUCCGGAAGAGCCCAGCUGACGAUCACGCGGCUGGACGCGGCAAGCUGCUGGUGCGACGACGUGACGGUCGAGUGCUGCGUCGCCUAGGUGCGCAAAGGCCCGACGAUUAGCCAUGGCCCAGCGGACAAAGCUUUCUGCGGGCAGAGGUGGCGGCCAAAGGAUCGCGCGCCCCUCGCGGGAGAAACACCUGCGGCCGUUCUUGAGGGCACUUGUCGCGCCAAGG